UUGUUCUUGUGUUUUAUAACUCCAAAGAACAGCUGAUUGCACUACCUCUUCUCUAUCUGUCAAAAAAUUCCAAUUCGAAACCUGGUGCUCCUUGCUUCUUAAAAAAUAUAUUAGGAUGCGUAUGCCAUUUGUUGGAAUCGUCCAGGGCCAAGGACGCCGGCCACAACGUGAACACAGGGUUCCCUUCAAAGAGCUUCUCCCUCUCAGCAUUCGUAAUAGGGUUAGUGGAAAAUCAGAUUCCUCCUCGGAUGUGGCAUGCCUCCAGGAAAUGGCUGUCCUAUUCGCCUGCUUGAAGGACAACGAAUUCGCUGAAAAGCUCUGUCCCAAAGAGAUUGCCACCUUCCAGAAGUGCUACAAAGUUCACAUGGACACUAAAUUCCAGGCCAAGAAAACAGAUAGUUUGGGUAUAGUCGCUCCUGGCAAGGAUCUUAAUUACAAACAAUUGAACAAAUUUAUGCGUCUCUAUCCUAAUCCCAAGUAAAAAUAGUUUUUGAAAAAAAAAGUUUAAUAGAA